UUGUAGGUUACUGAUGUGGUUUUGAAGUGUUUUAGAUAGAGGGGGGGGAAAAUCAUCAGUUCUCCGUGUUGAUAAAAGACAAACUACAUAGCUAACAACUCCGAUGUUUCCAGGUUUUUUAUUAUUUCAGUUAGUUAUACUCUGGAGAAUUCUUACCUCUGACUGUACUCAAAAUAUUUGGUAUUACAAGAUGUAAUGCUUGAUGAAAACCAUAUAUUUACCACAUGUGUAACACUAAAUUAUAGCAUUAUUUUACAUAUGGUUGCAGUAUUUGAUUUGUCCAUUCCUGUUUAAACUAGAAUUACGGAAAACUUGGCAACCAGCAUGCUACUAGUUAGAGCAAUUGUCUCAUUAUGUUUGGCAAAACAGAGGGGAACAGUUUGAAAGUAAAGUCACUGUUCUGCUUGUGCUCAGAUUUGGGUAGUUAUUUAAGGUUAGCAGCUCUGGGACAUUGUAACACUGUUAAAAGAGUCCUGGCAAUGAAAAGGAAAAGAAGGUGCUCCUUAGGAAAAGAAAGCCAUUGUUGCUUGAAGAUGAUUGAUUGGUUGAUCAACUCCAAAAUGUUGUCUAAGUAUCUGUGCCAAGUUUACAAAUGUUUGUUUCUGCACAACUUAAAACUGAAUUCAGUAAAUGUGUCUACUUUGGCCAGAAGGAUCCAUUCUUCAGCAAAAAAGCUUUCUGACUGUGAGUUAAAUGAACAAAUCGUCCAGAAACGAGAAAAUAAGGAGUUCCCUCAAAGUACAGAAAACGGUAAUUUUGGAAGAUUGCACAUACCAGUGAUGCUGGAGGAGGUUGUUAAUUGUUUAUCCCCCCAGCCAGGCCAGCGUUUCCUUGAUAUGACGUUUGGAGCCGGAGGUCAUACUACAGCUCUUCUAGAGAAAGCCAGCGGUGUUACAGUAUAUGCACUAGACAGGGACCCCACAGCUUAUAAAAUAGCUCAGCAGCUUUCAGAAUUGUACCCGAAACAGAUUCAACCUCUUCUAGGACAGUUUAGCCAGGCAGAAGCUCUGUUAAUCUCCUCUGGAGUUGAGCCAGGGACUCUGGAUGGAGUUCUCUUGGAUGCUGGUUGUUCUUCUAUGCAGUUUGAUACACCCGAAAGAGGUUUUUCUCUGCAGAAGGAUGGACCUUUGGACAUGAGGAUGGAUAGUGACAGGUACCCUGACAUGCCCACUGCUGCUGAUGUUGUGAAUGCUUUAGAUCAACAGGCGCUUGCGUCCAUCCUGAGAACAUACGGGGAGGAGAGGCACGCCAAGAAAAUCGCUUCAGCCAUCGUUCAGGCACGCAGCAUAUACCCCAUCACCAGAACUCAGCAGCUUGCAAGCAUUGUUGCAGGUGCUUUUCCAGCAUCAGCACUGUAUGCACGCAAAGACUUGCUUCAAAGACCUACACAUGUUGCUACCAAAACUUUUCAGGGCCUGCGAAUAUUUGUAAAUGAUGAGCUCCAUGAACUCUUUAUAGGGCUGAAGAUGGCUGAGAAGUUUCUAAAACCUGGAGGUCGCCUCGUAGCUCUCUCCUUUCAUUCACUAGAAGAUCGUAUUAUCAAACGUUUUCUUUAUGGAAUAGACAUGACAGAAAAGUGGAAUCUUGGCUCAAGGCAGAAGAUAAGACAGGCUCUGAAAAACUGCUCCAAAAAAGAAGAAACACAGGAAUUUCUGCAUGGAAAAUCCAGCUCCAGGUGGACUUUUAUACAGAAAAAAGUUCUCACACCCCAGGCCAAGGAUAUUCAAACAAACCCAAGAGGAAGAUCAGCCAAGCUAAGAGCUGCUAUUAAACUCUAAAAUGAAAUAUGUGAUUAUAUAAUUGUAUAAUUUCCUUAAAUUUUGUUUUCCAGAAGGCUAACUGGACAGAUGGUAUCAAACUGAAAAAAAUAAAAUUAAGACUGUUAGAAAACA